GUCGCGACGAAAAGCUCACCCUGAAAACUCAUCGCGAUCGCACCGAAAACUUUGCGAACAUUAUUAUUUACGUUAUUUAAAACAUUGAAGAAAUGUAAUAAUGUUUUUUUGCGCAACCGAUCGAAUGUCUUUGGCUACCACCUUGAUCCUCCUAAUUAAUUUCCUCAUUUUCGGUGGCGCUUUUCAACCAGAAUUCGCAGACCCAAUUGUGAAUCUCUCGAUACCUUUGGGUCGAGAAGCCACCUUUAGAUGUCAUGUUCAUCAUCUGGGUGGAUACAGGGUGGGCUGGGUAAAGGCAGAUACAAAAGCAAUCCAGGCAAUACAUGACCAUGUGAUUACCCACAAUUCAAGAGUGUCGGUUACUCAUAAUGACCACGUCACUUGGAACCUGCAUAUAAAAACUGUACAGGAAGAAGACAGAGGAUUGUAUAUGUGUCAGAUCAACACUGACCCGAUGAAAAGUCAGAUUGGUUUUCUCGAUGUAACUGUGCCUCCGGAUUUUGCCGAGGACACUUCGGGAGACGUAAUGGUUCCCGAAGGAGGACGCGUUCAGCUAACCUGCCGUGCGACGGGACAUCCCGAACCCCACGUCCAAUGGAGGAAGGAGGACGGCUCUGACAUCGUCAUUAGGGAGCCGUCGGGACAAAAAACCAGAAUGACUUCAUAUGUAGGAGAACACUUGGUUCUCUCGAAAAUAUCCAGAUCUGAAAUGGGAGCAUACAUGUGCAUUGCAUCAAAUGGCAUACCACCCACAAUCAGUAAAAGAAUUAUGGUUAAUGUUCAUUUUUAUCCGGUAAUAUCAGUGCCAAAUCAACUGGUAGGGGCCCCUUUAGGCACUGACGUUACGUUGGAAUGCAAAGUGGAGGCAUUCCCGAAAUCCAUCAACUAUUGGGUUAAAGAUACGGGAGAAAUGGUCAUUUCCAGUGUUAAGUACAAUGUCCAGGAUUUGAGUAGAUCGUCUUUCGAAGUAAAGAUGACUUUGACUGUUCGAAAUUUACAAAGGGAAGAUGCUGGUUCUUAUAGGUGCAUUGCCAAAAAUUCUUUGGGAGAGGUCGAGAGCAAUAUCAGAUUAUAUGAAAUCCCAGGACCCACAGGGGGCUAUGGUGUUCCACUCGACGAGGACGACUAUAACGACCAAUACGGUUCGGCGGAACGUGAACAAGAAGAAGACAUCUCGAAAAAUUUUUUCGAAAGGGGUCGAAUUUCUUCUCAAACGACAGCGAAAAGUUACGAUCACUCUGACAACACUGUACCGGUCGAUGCUGGUGUGCCACAUGCGACCUCGCCAAUGAAAUUGUUGGUUUUUAUCAUUUUUAUUUUGUUUAGGAUAUGAAGGACUCCGUAUUUUAUUGGUAGGGACAAUAACUUGUAAAUGUAUUUGAUUUCUAUUCCAUUGUUUUUUUUAAUUAUUUUUUGGUUGCACAGGGUGAUUCAAUGGUUCUUUUUCAACCAUUAGAAAUACAAAAACAUUUUUUUACCUUUUUGGGUGUAUAAUUCGAUAUUAAAGCACUUUUGAAACACCCUGUAUUUCUGGAUAUUGCGAUAUGGUCGUGUGGUCAAUAAAUAAUUUUUGUACAUACUUAGGUUAAGUAUCCUUGAAAAGGAUUUGAUAACAAAUUAAGGUAAGUUUUGUUUGAAAUGUUUAUUUUUUGUAUAUAGAAUGGCUUUAUUUUGAAAAUGUUGACCUUGACCACAGUAACGAAAAAAUGACAAUCAAAAAAUCAAUUUUUUUUGUCUUUUUUCAAAAUUUAUAGAAAUAUUUUCUGGUCAAGCUGAAUUAUUUACAAGGGUUUGUGAAAUUUACUGUCUAGUAGUAAAUUUCAUAUAUUUUUUGUCAAAUUUCAUAAAAUCUUAAUUAUUGUUUUUUUACAAAAUAAAGCCAAAAUAGUUAAAUAAACUAUAUUUUGUUAUAAUGUAA